AUGUUAGACGAACAACGUGAACCACAACAAAAGGCUACACGAGAACGUGGAUAUUCCAAAGGAGGAAUAACUGAGGACCACCGUAUUCUGCAAGGUCGGUUGGUGGAAAAAUGUUCAAACAAAUCCUGUUUCCAACGGCUGGUGAAAUUUAUUCACGGCGUUACACUAGCAGGACCACCCGAAAGCACUCUGAUAUCUUUCACUUUCCGGAUCAUCGCCCAAGACUCUUUGGACUAA